AUGAGCGAAGUUGCACCAGAGGAGAUCAUAGAGAAUCCAGAUGGAUCUAGAUCUAUCAUUUCAUAUAAGAUUGAAGACGGUAUCAAAUAUAAGAUCACUCAGAAAGUAAAAGAAGUCAAAGUAUUGGAAAAAGUUCAUAAAUCUGUUGCAGAAAGAAAAAACUGGCAUAAAUAUGGCUCUGAAAAAGGGUCGCCAGCAGGUCCAAGUGCUGUUACUGCAAGAUUGGGUGAAGAAGUAGAAUUAAGAUUGAGUAGGAACUGGAAACAAGCUGAAGAAGAGAGAAUACAAAAAGAAAAGGCAAGUCUCACAAAGACCGGUCUACAAUGUAGAUUAUGUGGUAAUGACCAUAUGACUAUGAACUGUCCAUUCAAAACAAUUUUAAGUGAACUUUCAGCAUUAGAAGACCCAGCCACAAGUGAAGGCGGAGCCGAGGCUAUUAGUGAAGAGAAGGGCGGCCAGGCAGGCGGAGCUGGUGCCAUCCCAGGGCAGUAUGUUCCACCUUCUCGUCGUGCCGGUGCAAGAGAUCCUUCAUCCGAUGCUUACAGAGAUUCUAGGGAACGUGAUGAUAUGUGUACUUUGAAGAUUAUGCAAGUUAAUGAAAAUGCCGAUGAGAAUAGUUUGAGAGAAGAGUUAUUGUUUCCAUUCGCUCCUAUUCCAAGAGUUUCUGUUGUUAGAAACAAGGAAACAGGUAAAUCGAGAGGUCUUGCCUUUGUUACCUUUUCGAGUGAAGAAGUUGCCGAACAAGCUUUACGUUUCUUGGAUGGUAGAGGUUACAUGAAUUUAAUUUUACGUGUUGAAUGGUCCAAACCUAAGGUUAAGGAAUAG